CGGUCAUGUGAUCAGCUGUGUCCAAUCACAGCUGAUCACAUGGGACAUGUACACUGAUCAUCAGUGUGGCCCCAGAAGUGCCACCUGUCAGUGCUCAUCAGUGCCAUGUGCCAGUGCCCAUCAGUGCCACAUGCCAAUGUUGCACAUCAAUGUCACAUAUCAGUGCACAUCAAUGCCACAUAUCAGUGCCCAUCUGAGCUGCCUUUCAAUGUCACCCAUCAGUGCCAGUCAGUGCCACCUAUCAGUGCUGCCAAUCAGUGCCACCUAUCAGUGCCAGUCAGUGCCGCCUAUCAGUGCCAGUCAGUGCCGCCUAUCAGUGCCAGUCAGU